GCACGGCAGUUAGUGCACCUGGCGCCGCGACAAGGACAGGACGCUCCAAAGACAGAUACGACGGAGGAAAUCUGAAGAGAAGCUCGCCAAGAUGAACCGGUUCCCUGUCCUGCAUGGCAUCAAUGACCUGCGGAUGGAAAGCCAUCCCAUCCCUGAAGUCGGCCCCAACGAUGUGUUGCUGCGGAUGUCGAGAGUUGGACUGUGUGGGUCAGAUCUGUCCAUGAUGUACAGGGGUAUGCUCGGUGACCUUGUUAUACAGACCCCCAUGGGUAUUGGCCACGAAGCCUCUGGCGUGGUUGCCAAGUGUGGUUCUGCCGUCACUCACCUCAAACCUGGUGAUCGUGUAACAAUCGAGCCAGGGAACUGCUGCGGGAACUGUGAGUUCUGCAAGUCAGGCCACUACAACAACUGCGUUAAAGACAACUUUUAUACUCUGCCCAUGCCCAACCCUGGUUGCAUCGCCCACUAUUUCAAGCACAGGGCCGACCUUUGCCACAAGUUACCGGAUACCGUGUCUCAGGAGGAGGGUGCACUCAUGGAGCCGUUUUCUGUGGCAAUCCACGCAUGUAGACGUUCAAAAGUGACGGCAGGGACAACUGUGCUGGUGUGUGGUGCAGGUCCCUUAGGGCUGUUGUCCCUCUUGGCCGCCCGAGCCAUGGGGGCCAAGUCCAUUUUGGUUACAGACGUGCGACCGGAGCGCCUGGAAACCGCGCGCAAGAUGGGCGCCAACUACACCAUGCUGGCGGGGGGCGCAGACCCCCAGAAGGAGGCGAAGAGGAUCGAGGAGCUGAUGGGCUGCAUGCCGGAGGUCACGCUCGAGUGCACCGGCGUCGAGAUCGCCUUCCAGACGGCCAUUUAUGCGACCAGGGCGUGCGGCGUGGUGGUGAUGGUCGGGCUGCCCGCCGCUGACCUCAAGCUGCCCCUCGUCAAUGCAGGCAUCAGGGAGGUCGACAUCAUAGGAGUCUUCAGGUUCCUUAAUUGUUUCCCAAUCGCCAUCGACCUGGUCGCCAGGGGCGUGGUGGACGUGAAGCCCCUCAUCACACACCGCUUCAAGUUCGAAGAAUUCAAUAAAGCCUUUGAGUUCUUCCGCAACGGGAUCGACGGCGCCAUCAAGUGCAUGGUCAUAUGCGAUUGAAUAUGACACUGCAAGAAAGGAAUGUGCGCGCGUGUGUGUGUGAAUUUGUGAUGCGAUAGAUACAGUGAUUAAACAUUGUUUGGGUCUGCGGUUUAUGAUAGUAUUUGGUGCUUAAUAUUGUAUUUGCUUCGUGUCGGUUGUGGUUUAUAAAACUCUAUACAGGUUAUAAUCUUAUAAAUUUGUACGAUCGAGAAUAUAGACUAACCAAUGCGUUUGUC